UCUAUCCCACCACAUCAUCAUACCCUCCCAACGAUCUGCGGCGCGCAUUUACUUGUUACUUGCAAUCGCCAUCACCUACACCACCAACUCACUUUACUCCUCUGCCCAGCAUGUGCUUCGGAGACGGCAAGAAGAAGAAGCAAUACUACUAUCGCGAGGAGAUCUACCCAUCUCGACCAGCUCCUCACCACCAAUACUACCAACACACUGCACGAGUUAGCCGAACCUCACACCAUUCCUCCCACAGCCCGCGAGGCAGCGUGUACAGCUCCCGGGGUGGGCCAACGGUCUACGAGAAACGAACGACGAAGAAAUACUACAACUGAACAAAGUUGUUUGCCCUUAUACUGUUUAUCCAAUAAGUGAUGGAAUUUUGGAACAUGUGGGGACGAGGAUCGAUCGACCGCAGUACCCCUCCACAAUUUUUCCAAGGAAGAGAUGUAGAGGGUGAGUUCUGGAGGCUGUGAUACCCAACCACGUGCAUGUAUGGUGUUUCCUGCAUUGGCAGCCAAGUUGUCUGGAUUUAAUUAUAGUAAUUAGUUCACUGAAAUCGAUGUUGCAGAUCCGUCAUCGUGGGUUCUG